UUCUGGCUACAUUUUAUGUUAAAUCGUGAAGCGCGAGGCACCAUACCGCUAAACCGAGGCGUACUAAGGAAACCGUCAAUCAGAACGACGGUGUCUUCCAUAAAAUUGGAAUUGGUGAAAAGCUCUUAUAAUGCUACUAAGAGCGUCGUUCCAAGUUUCUACAAUGAAAAUGCGCACGUUAUUUUUUAGACACCUCGAGCGAAGGGGUUCAUUGAAUAUAGGAGAGCUGAGGGAGUACGUUGCCCCGUUUCUGAUGCCUCACUCCACGAUGUUUUUCUUUCUGUCUUUCUCUUUGUUUCUUGUUUCUGUUCAAUCGUUCGUUCGGAAGGGGGUGGAAAGUAACGGCGUUGGUGAUUCUGGCUUUCAAUUUUCUAUUGGGUGCAUGGGCGUUGGAACACAAAAGGGCCUAAUUUUUGGAGCAAAUCCGAUUGAAUGAGAUGAUACACGAUCUGUCCUCUUUUAUCAAGUUGUUGGGAAGAAGUGUGUAACGUGAACAUGCUUAAGCGGUCGUGGAAUGGCGUCAUGAUAGGAUGAGAUAGGUUAGAAGACAUGGUAAAAGGGGAGUUUGUGUAUAGCAUGGAGUUAAAAUCUGUAUCAGA